CUCGACGCACUUCACGGGUCUAUAUCUUAUCCACGUGAUUCAUACAUACACUACAUUCCUCUUCCUCUUUCCCAAAUCCGCCAUGGCUUCUACCACAGAACAACGCAUUUGUUUCUCCUUGUGCCUCUUCCUCUUCCUUCAUCUCUCAACCUCCACCACAGAGACCCCAAUUCCAGCACCAUGGCCGGAACAGUUCCACUCAGUGCUAUUCAUCAAUAGAAGCGGCAAUCUUCAAAAAACAGACCUAUGGUACGAUUGGCCCAACGGACGCAACUUCAACAUCAUCCAGUAUCAGCAAGGUGUUCUCAAAUACGACCUUGAAUGGAACAAUGGAACCUCUUUUAUCUACACUCUAGACCCUUUUAACCACACGUGUAAAAAGCUUCAUUUCGAUGUGGGAAUUCUCCGACCCAAUUGGCUUGAAGGUGCUAACUAUUUAGGUCAAGAAUAUGCUGAUAAUUUUCUUUGUAAUGUUUGGGAGAAAGCUGAUUUUAUUUGGUACUACGAGGAUGUUGUCACUCGAAGACCCGUCAAGUGGAUCUUCUUUUCCGGAAUGGUUUCUCAUGUGAUGACAUUUGAGGUUGGUGCAGUUCUGGAGGAUGAGCAUUGGCAGGCUCCUGUCUAUUGUUUUAGUAAGUCAGAGUCUGAACCUCGGAAACACAACAUAAUGAGCAGCUCCUUAGUAGAUUUAGAAACUGCUGUUGGUGGUGAUGGUGGUUUUCGUCGGACAUUAAUGAGUGAGAUGAGAUGAGACAGGCCGCCAAGAAAUAGCACAAGGUUUAUAAUUGUGAGGUUAGCAUAUGUACUAUGUAUACCAAUCUAGCUAUAUGCACUUUGUUUUGUCGAUAAUUGGUUAUUUGGUGUGCAUAUUAAGCUACUAUAUCUCAAUAGAUACUUUGGUGUUGGUUUGUAUAAUCCAAAUAUGCAUGUUUCAUGU